GGAUAGUCUGCAGUCCCUAGUUCCGGGGUAAAGUGGUCCUCUGACGUUGGUCUCCGGUGUCAUGGCGCUGCCCAGUGCUGGUAGCUGAUGUUGGUAGUUAAAUGUGUGUUGACAGUUUACGGCAGGCAGCUUGUGUGGCUGGGGAGACUCAGUAGGGCUCGCACAGUUGUUAGGCUUGGUGUUGCCUCGGAGCAGCCAGAAAUACUGGUUGGGUGAGCAGUGAGUGUGGAAAGCUAAUAACUGAGAGUAGGAUUGUAAAUCACAGAAGACCCUUCAUCUGAAAAUGCCAGAGAUUAAGGUUACCCCUUUAGGCGCUGGGCAGGACGUUGGACGGAGCUGUAUUUUGGUGUCUAUAGGAGGAAAGAAUGUGAUGCUGGAUUGCGGGAUGCACAUGGGGUACAAUGAUGACCGGCGGUUCCCGGACUUUUCAUACAUCACACAGAAUGGGCGUCUCACAGAGUUCCUAGACUGUGUUAUUAUCAGCCACUUUCACCUGGACCACUGUGGAGCGCUGCCAUACAUGAGUGAGAUGGUUGGCUUUGAUGGACCCAUUUACAUGACUCACCCCACUAAAGCCAUCUGUCCCAUCCUGCUGGAAGAUUAUAGAAAGAUCACUGUAGACAAGAAAGGGGAAACAAACUUCUUCACCUCCCAAAUGAUUAAAGACUGUAUGAAGAAAGUGGUGGCUGUUAAUCUUCACCAAACUGUACAGGUUGAUGAUGAGUUGGAAAUUAAGGCCUACUAUGCCGGCCACGUCUUGGGAGCUGCAAUGUUUCAGAUUAAAGUAGGCUCUGAGUCUGUCGUUUAUACCGGUGAUUACAACAUGACUCCAGACCGUCAUUUAGGAGCUGCAUGGAUUGACAAAUGUCGUCCUGACCUGCUUAUUACCGAAUCCACGUACGCAACAACAAUCAGAGACUCUAAACGUUGCCGUGAGCGGGAUUUCCUGAAGAAGGUUCACGAGAGUGUGGAAAAGGGUGGAAAGGUUCUCAUUCCUGUAUUUGCUCUGGGGAGGGCUCAGGAACUCUGCAUCUUGCUGGAAACAUUCUGGGAACGUAUGAAUUUGAAAGCCCCUAUUUACUUCUCCACGGGUCUGACGGAGAAGGCGAACCACUACUACAAGCUCUUUAUUACAUGGACCAACCAGAAGAUCAGGAAAACUUUUGUACAGAGGAACAUGUUUGAGUUUAAGCACAUAAAGGCUUUUGACCGGGCGUUUGCAGACAACCCAGGUCCUAUGGUGGUGUUUGCAACUCCGGGGAUGUUACACGCUGGUCAGUCUCUGCAUAUUUUCCGUAAAUGGGCCGGCAAUGAAAAGAACAUGGUAAUUAUGCCGGGUUACUGUGUGCAGGGCACCGUGGGACACAAGAUCCUAAGUGGCCAGCGCAAGCUGGAGAUGGAAGGAAGGCAGACGCUUGAGGUGAAAAUGCAAGUAGAAUAUAUGUCCUUCAGUGCCCAUGCUGAUGCCAAAGGUAUCAUGCAACUGAUUCGCCAGGCAGAGCCACGGAAUGUACUACUAGUGCAUGGAGAGGCCAAGAAAAUGGAAUUUCUUAAGCAGAAAAUUGAGCAGGAAUUUCGUAUCCAGUGCUCUAUGCCAUUUAAUGGCGAGACUGCCACCAUUGCCACCAAUCCAAACAUUCCAGUGGACAUCUCAUUGGGUCUCCUGAAGAAAGAGAGUGCACUGGGUCUUGUGCCCGAUUGUAAGAAGCCAAGAUUGAUGCAUGGAACCCUUAUAAUGAAAGAUAAUAGCCUCCGUCUUGUGUCUCCUGAGCAGGCCCUGAAAGAAAUCGGCCUAGGUGAGCACCAGCUGAGAUUCACCUGCAGGAUACACAUUCAGGAUUCACAUAAAGAGCAGGAGACCGUGCAGCGGAUAUACAACCACUUGAAAAGUGUCCUCAAGGAUCGCACAGUACAACACCUCCCUGAUGGUUCAAUCAUGGUGGAGUCAAUCCUCCUUCAGGUUUCUACCAAUUCAGAUGAGCCAAGCUCAAAGGUUCUGCUGAUAUCCUGGACAUAUCAGGAUGAAGAGCUGGGAAGUUUUCUGACUUCUUUACUAAAGAAAGGCUUACCGCAGAGCACAAGCUAGAGUACGGCCUGCACUGUACAAGGAGCCAUCAAGGAAUACAGUGGGACUGGAUUUCUUAUGUAUGUGUUAUAUGAUGACUUUCUGGAAUGCCGCUCAUGUCUGUGUAUGAGGUCACCGGAAAGCUUUGCAGUCAGAACUGAAGCACUGCAGACAUGCUCUGGAAAAGGCAUGAGACACUGCAUUCUUCAUAGCUUUUGGGUGUGAGUGCUCAUCUGUCCUAUUACUAUGGAGGUGAUCAGCAUGGACUCCAUGUUUUCUAUGGAGCAAGAUAUUGAGGUAUAUGUAAUAGGGGCCGAGUUUGCCGGAGGUGUCGGAUGUUGGUUGAGAGUGACCAGAUAUUUAAUGCUGCAAACAUUUAAAAGGGAAAACCAACCUGGUUUUGCCUUGUAAAUGAUUAGCGCUUUAAAAAUACGGUCAUUCUCGGCUAACAUCCCGCACCUACGGCAAAUUCUGACCCUCGUACACAUACCCUCUUGUGUUUCUAUACUUAGCGCUGAUACUUUUUUAAUAAAGUCAUUUGAUACA